AACAAACAACGGGCAACGUGAGUAUCGCUACUGAUCCCAGCCCGCAGAGGAGCAGGAUGCGUCUUUCUUCAAGCGUCGCGUUGGGGGUGGGUUGUGUGUCGAUGGUGCAGGUGUCUUCGUUCGCGUUCAUACCGUUGGGGGCAACACCAUCAGGGUGCACAUCUUGUACAGCACACUCGUCACAGGCAACCAGCGGGAGUGGCAGCAGCUUGCGCGUACGGCCGGGCAGACUGUCGGUGGCCUUGUCCGCCGCGGACGGCGAGGGGGGCAGCGACUCGGGGGAAGACAUGACCGACGAUGAUACCUCUAGCGCGGUGGCGACGAAGCCGAAGCGGAAGGUGAACGCGGAGUUGGACGACCUCGUCAGCGAGAUGGCGGGAAGGAGGGACGACGAUCCCAUUGUCAUUCCGCGUGGGGCCGGGAUUGCGCCCAUGGCGCCGGGACCGAUCAAGCCUGAUCCCAUCCCCGGAAUGGACGACGACGACAUCCCUGGCAAGAUCGUGCUGCCGCCGGAAGUGCUCGCGGAGCAACAGAAGGGGCUCGAGAAGAUCGCUCAGCAGCUAAGGAGGGAGCGGCUUGACAAGGAGGCGGAGGACGCAAUCACCUUCGGGUUCUGCCCCAGGGCAGAGCUGUGGAACGGGAGGUCCGCCAUGUUUGGGAUCACGGUGGGCAUGCUCACGGAGUACUGGACGGGGCAAAGCAUCCCCCAGCAGAUCGAGACGUUCGCGCAGCUAUUGGGACUGUUGCCUUUGGACUACGAUACGUACUUCCAGUAGCUGACUGACGAUACACGCGGGACUCCUCCCCCAAGUUUCGUUUAUGAUAUUGAUACACGCUUCACGAUCUCGAUGCUGAUCGACAGAUGUGUGGUGUGUUGUAGUCUUCCGUGCAUGCUUGAGCUUGAAGUGAGCCCCCCCUUGGCAGUAGCAAUACCACUGCGUUUUACGACAAAAUCGUGGGGCGUUGUCCAUCGCGGUUUCGUGCUUGGUGGGUCUCUCUCACAUUGGAAGGGAUAAGACACUCGCGUGUCCUGACCCAUCGUGCUACGACCGACAAGGGAGACAUUGUAAGCUACACAAAUGUCAGGAGAGUAGUGGGUCGAUUGGGGAAAUGGUUUGGGGUUGCUAGAGGCCAAACCAGCUCGUGCCUAAAGUCAACACUCGGUUUUUUCGACAUCGAUUGCGAGCCUGGGUAGUUUGAUGUCGAGUCUCUAAUAAAGUUCUCGCUGGCAUUGGCUGUACCAGCUCUGUGCAUUGUCCUCAGAGUGGGGUUAGCGAGGGCGUACAUAGGUAAACGGGUUAGGCGGGACGAACGCAGGAGUUAGAUUCAUAUCGCGUGGCGUUGAACUAUUAAUAGGUGAAGGAAUUAGAGUAUGCCAAUCAGCUGGUUGCUUUCGCCACUAUCUGAGGCUUUGCUCGUGGUCUCAUUUUGCAGAUUGGGUGCUAGAUGUCCCUAUCCGUUAACACUGGCGCACACGACACUUUUCGAGGAGUUUGAUUCGUCGUGGUACUAUUGUACUCCAGAAAACGGUGUCGGCUUGUCACGACCACGAGAUAGAUAUAGAGAAACACCUGCAGGAACGGUUGCACGUGGCGUGUAGUUCUCGUAGGUCUCGCCAGGAGAUAGCUGUUUGUGUUGUGGCCGUAGGUGCGCAACGGCUGUGUGAUCGCUUCUACAUCUUCUACGCAACAAAGAACUAUUUACCAAUCCACACGCGUAGUUCUGUUGAGCUCCUUUUUUUUGGCGACUCUCUCCCAGGGUGUUCGAUCGUUCCCACACGCCCAGUGCUCAGAGGGCCGAAGUGCCAAUUUUCGAUAAGCC